GAACUUGCCUGUCUUAAAAAUCACUGCAUAUCUGUCUGGUGAUUUAUGUCGCUGUGCUGCGAGUAAUCCUGGUACAUUACGCCUUGUAAUCUUAUUCUAAAUCACAAAACCCUUGCUUUCUGUCUCUCCUCUCCCUUAAUUUAACGGUACACAAACACGCUGCUCACCGACGCUGUGGAUGCACCUAAAAUAUGGAUCCUUGUUAGAAAAAACACAAGUUAAAUAGUUUUUCGGCUCGUGGGCUUUUAAUGCUUUAAUGAGUGUAAUUCUUGCACAACAGUUUCGCGAGUGUUUGCCAGCGCAAGCUGUGUGUUUUUUAUAUUACAAAGGAGCGGGUCGGUGCCAUAGCUCAAACCCUGACAACCAAAUAGAUAAUCAAGAAGACAAAUGGCUUCUUUUGGAAGGCGCAGCCCUUGUAUUAAUUUUCAUUUUCUUUUCUCAGAGCAGGUAUUGAAAAUAUAGAGCCGGAGAAAAUAACAUUCCGUUUGCUGGCGUUGAACUUUACACAAAAGUAUGGCCUUAAAUUGGUCUGAUACAUUCCGUGGCACCCAGAAGAUUUUCUAUUACUUGCUAGUUGAUAUCAGAGGGGCCUUUUUACCACACAGCCCGCUCAAGUCAUUUGUCUGGUCUCUCCUGUUAUUUAUGAAAUGCUAUACUGCCAAACAGUUCAAAAGUCAAAACUGCAAGACAGUGAAAUUAUAUCAGGAUUAAAAUGCACAAGUUCAUCCGCAAUCUGGGCCACUACUAACUGUAAAACUAGCAGCUGCAUAAAUUUGAAACUAAAUAAACUUUGUGUAAACAUACCCAUUAGGUAUCCGUUGUAUCUGUGCUUUAAAUCUAAAACUUAAGUAUAAAUGUAAUGUUCAAACGGUUACACGUUUUAAGCAUUUAUCUCCCAUUGAAAGCCACUCUAGAACUAUAAUAGGCGAAUUUGCGUGUGGCAUCUGUAUGCACCUUGGAAUUCUAUUAUUGUAUUACUUAUUUCUAAGAAAAAGAGCUUUGUGCCCCAGUGGUUUGAAUGGGAGUGAACAGAUUUCUUUUGAGGGCCUCAAAAGUUCACCGCCAUUAUUUGCAGACAUGGACCUUAAGAAAAAUGUGAGAAUUAUACAGAAAAAUCAUUAAUCACCGCUUCUCUUUAAACAAGUCUUUCUCCUAUUGUCAUUCGGCAGCACAACUGCUCGGACCUUCUGCUAGGAGGGGAGUGAGAUCUUGAAGGGCCCUUGAAGACGUUCCCCCCUCCUUCUGCUACCAUCUUCUAUUCACCAAGUCAUGCCACAAGAAAACUUUUUUUUUUUUUUUGGCGAGGGAUGUCCCAUGAAGGAGAAUCCUCUUGAAAUGUUAACACAAGUGAGAAUGUUAGCAGGACGAGUGAUGGCGGCGUUUAAGUUCCUUCUCGCUCUCAAGAAGCUGUAUCCUUGCAUAAAAUCAAGAAGUGAUAAAGGAACUCUCGGUCAGCUUCCAAGAGGCCAUUGGAAAGAGACCGUCACGUGACAUCUAGUGCCAAUGUUCUUCCAGAAGGUCGUCAGGACCCUGGUAGCCGGUAACUCGACAUUUGGAAAUGCAGAAAACGACCUACUACGACAACUCGACACUUUUUGGAGGUUACUCGUACCAGGGGGCAAACGGUUUUGGCUAUGAUGCCCCAGCUGCAGCCUUCCAGAACUCAGCGCAUCUUGAGGGCGACUACCAAAGGUCUGCGUGCUCCCUACAGUCGCUCGGCACCAGCGCGCCCCCGCAGCCUCAGCAUGCCAAGACGAAAGAGCUUAAUGGCAGCUGCAUGCGGCCAAGCCUGCCACCUGAACACCACCCACCCCCCCAGGUUUCCCCUCCUCAGAACCCUGUAAACGUUGUUGCCUCUAAUGCCACCCAACAGCCAGGUGGUAGCAGUGGUGCUGGUGGUGGUACCGGCACCGGAGUCACGGCCAAAUCAACGUCCAAGUCAUCCUCUCUGGCCUCAAACCCAACGCUCACCAAGCAAAUCUUUCCCUGGAUGAAGGAAUCACGUCAGAACACCAAGCAAAAAAACAGCUCCCCCAGUGCAAGCUCAGCUAACGCGGAGAGCAGCGGUGGUGAGAAAAGCCCUCCGGGUUCUGCAGCUUCCAAGAGAGCACGCACCGCUUACACCAGCGCACAGCUGGUGGAGCUGGAGAAGGAGUUUCACUUCAACAGAUACCUGUGCCGGCCACGGCGCGUGGAGAUGGCCAAUCUGCUUAAUCUCAGCGAGAGGCAGAUCAAGAUUUGGUUUCAGAACAGGCGGAUGAAGUACAAGAAAGAUCAAAAGUCAAAAGGCAUGGGGUCAUCCUCAGGAGGACCAUCACCCACAGGAAGUCCACCCCUCCCAAUGCAGUCUUCAGCCGGUUUUAUGAACUCCAUGCACUCAAUGGGAAGUUAUGACGCUCCCUCCCCUCCAUCUUUCAACAAGCCCCAUCAAAACGCAUAUGCCAUGUCAACAGCCUAUCAGAACCCAAUGAAAGGUUGCCCGCCACAACAGAAGUAUGGAAACACUGCUCCGGAUUAUGACCCACACGGGCUACAGGGUAAUAGUGGCACCUACGGGACACCAAACAUGCAGGGUAGCCCCGUGUACGUGGGAGGCAGCUAUGUCGAUGCCAUGCCUGCCACUGGGCCUUCUAUGUAUGGCCUCAAUCAUCUACCGCACCACCAGACGGCUAGCAUGGACUACAAUGGUGCCACACAGAUGUCGGCGAACCAGCACCAUGGACCGUGUGACCCACAUCCGACAUACACGGAUCUGUCUGCACACCAUCCUUCUCAGGGUAGAAUCCAAGAAGCACCCAAGUUGACUCAUCUGUAGCAGGUUUGGACAAAAGAGAUAACAGAGAGAAAUGAAAGGAAGACAAAUGAAACAGACUAACCCAUGGGACGAUGCAAUGGGGUUGAAAAAUAUGAUCCAGUGGUUUCUUGCCAUGAGUAGAACACCGGUUUGUGUCAAUGUUGUCUUACCAUUCAUGUGUGUGAACACCCCAAUUUUACAUGAAUUUCAUAUUCAUAAGUCUAAAAACCCCUUUAAAGUGGAAAACUUCAUGAACAGUGUGUAAAAAUGGCUAGUUUAUGCCACGGAAUAGAUUGCCUAGCUGUAUGACCUCAUUACAUCAUCGUAAACGUUUGUGUACUCCAGCAUUAUCGCUGCAUUCCUUACACUUUGGUCAUUUGGAGGGUGGUACAGCAAAUCCUACAUUUAAACUUACUGGCGCAAGAAAACCACUGGAUUGUUUUUUUGUCCACUACCCUUAUUUCACAUACCUCUUCUUUUUUAAAUUUCUCACUAAACAGUCAGUUUUUUAUUAACUUGUUCCCAAAACGACAGCAAACUGCACAUUGUUUUUAGCAAGACGUGGUGAUCAAGAUAUUCAUCUCUUUAUCUAUUUUAAAGGGUUGAAAUCCAUUUUAAACUAUGCUACCUAUCCCUAAUAAUGAGAAGUAAAAUAGAAAUUUGUUAUGACUUUGACACAGGGUAAAAAGGAGAGUUGAGAAUUGUAGUAAAGUAAAGCUCAUCCCCUUGUUCUCAACUCACUGUCCCCUCCCUCUUUCCCCUCCCUUUCCCAAUUCUCUUUCUUUCCCAAUAUUGGGUUUGCCUACAUUAGUCUACACUAAUACGAAAGGCCCACAUUUUCUCAAGUCUUGACUUAGAAAACUAGGAAACAGGGUAUAUUUGAACAAAAAUGCAUGUCCGGGAUACCAAGCUAGGGCGCAGACGUCUCUGUUUACGCCUAAUACGCUCUCGUCUGGGCAUCAUUGUUGCACUUAGAGUUUACAUUUAAUGGGUGAGGAAGAAAAGUAAAUCUUAUUUUGAAUCGAAAGGCCUUCAAUCAGCGUCUUUCGCUAAGUGUGUUCAAGUGAACAUUCAUAAAUAUAUAUUUAUUUGUUAUAGCCAGUUUAAAUACUUUCUUUUUUGUAUUAUUUAUCCCCAUGUAUUUAUAUCGACAAAAAUGUACUUUUUUAGUAUCUACCUGUUAUAAAAGACGUUGUGUUCUUGUCAUUGUAACAAGUUAUUUUUUAGUUCUUGUAUUUUAGAGAUAUGUAGGUUUAUGUUACCCUUGUAUAAAUAAUGUCUUGACUUGUACAGGGGGCGCAAGAACGAAAUCAAAACGUUCCUGCGUAGUCGAGAAUUAGACGGAAGAUAGCAAAACAUUUUCAAAACUUCAUUUGUCCUUUGUAACUACUUUUAUUUCCUUGUUAAGAGUUGGUUGUUGAACAAUUCUUUAAUAAAAUGUUAUGUUAUUCA